AUGCAGCCCCUGCAGCGACAGGUCGACAAUCUGCACUUUUCGACACCUCACCUUAGCGAGUGCCGAACACAUCGCCCCAGCGCAGCCUCUCCCCUUUUCAUCCCCGCCCUUUCCACUUUGUCGUUUGCUACCUUAUUCCCCCCAUUUACAUGUCGGUGCGUCUGUAGUUCAAAACGACACACAGAUAUUGACCCUGGCUAUGGCACAAGAGUCAUGCGACGAGUUGUCGUGACAGGGCUCGGCGCCAUUUCGCCCUUCGGUGUUGGCGUGCGUACCACGUGGAAACGUUUGUUGGCUGGAGAAUCUGCCAUCACCAGUGUGGCUGACUUUGAGCCGCGAAGCCGCUGGAAAGACCUGACGAGCACAGUUGCUGGCGUAGUCCCCAGUCAUGGCUCAGGUCCCGAUCAGUGGCGGCCGGGUGACUGGCUGGACGCCACGGAACAACGUCGUAUGUCCAAGUUUGCCCAGUACGCCGUAGCAUGUGCCGACAUGGCAAUGAAAGAUGCCGGGUGGAAUCCGCAGAGCCAAGAGGACAAGGAGGCCACGGGCGUGUGUCUUGGCAGCGGUAUAGGAAAUCUCGAGGAGAUUUACGAGACGAGCUUGGCCUUCAACCAACAAGGCUACAAGAAGGUUUCACCACUCUUCGUUCCCAAGAUUCUCAUCAACUUGGCCGCCGGCCAUAUCUCAAUGAAGUACGGAUUGCAAGGCCCCAACCAUUCCGUCACAACCGCCUGUACAACGGGUGCUCAUUCCAUUGGAGAUGCGAUGCGAUUCAUUGCUUUUGGUGAUGCCGACGUCAUGGUUGCCGGCGGAACGGAAUCCUGCAUCCAUCCCCUGACCUUUGCUGGUUUCGGGAGGGCAAGGUCCCUCUCCACAGCUUACAACCACCACCCCCACGCCAGCUGUCGUCCCUUCGACCGCGACCGAAAUGGUUUCGUCGUUUCGGAGGGGUCGGCAGUCCUUGUCCUGGAGGAACUCGAGCACGCCAAGGCCCGCGGAGCCAACAUCUACGCGGAGGUGAGGGGCUACGGGUGCAGCGGCGACGCGCAUCACAUGACGGCCCCGCGGGAAGACGGACACGGAGCAUUCCGCGCCAUGAAGCUUGCUCUGAAGAACGCGGAAGUUCGACCGGCCGAGGUGAGCUACAUCAACGCGCAUGCAACAGGGACACAGGUUGGCGAUGCGGCAGAAGCUUCCGCGAUACGAAGCAUCAUGACAGGCGAGGAGGGUUACGCGGACGAGUCGCAGGUGACUGUGAGCAGCACCAAAGGUGCCGUUGGCCAUCUGCUAGGGGCGGCUGGCGCCAUCGAGGCCCUGUUCGCCGUGCUAUCGGUUGCAGAGGAUAUCGUGCCGCCUACGCUGAACCUCGAGAAUCCAAAUGUCGGGGGAUCCAUGAAUAUGGUACCCCUCGAGGCACAAGCGAAACAGGUCAACGUUGCUAUUUCCAACAGCUUUGGCUUUGGCGGGACGAAUGCCUCGCUGGUCUUUUCCAAAGUGCGUUAA